AUGUCUUCUGAUGUAUCGGAAUAUACUAUUGGGGGAGUGAAGAUUAUAUUCCCUUGCAAAGCUUACCCAUCACAACUGGCUAUGAUGAAUGCUAUUGUUAAGGGGCUAAAUAACAGGCAACACUGUUUGUUGGAGAGCCCUACAGGAAGUGGCAAAAGUUUGGCAUUACUUUGUUCUGCACUGUCAUGGCAGCAGUCUUUGUAUGAGAAGUUGCUGGUUAAAUCCUCAAGUGAAAAGGAGGACAAAAAGCCAGAGACUUCAUUGCCAUGUCGCUGUGCGUGUCAUUCCCAAUCUGAGAGCAAACAGGCUGCAGCAAAUGUGAAUCAUGGUGCUUCUUGUUCUUUUAAUGAUUAUGAAGCAGGAAGUUCCAUAAAGACUGAAACCCCAUUAACAAACACAGAACAUAAUGAAACCGAAACCCUAGCUUCAAAAUUGUCUGCUAAAAAAAGAGCAUCUGCGUGUGAAAGUGAAAAUGAUGAUUUUCAAGUAGACAGGAAAAGGAUUCGCUCUUUAGAAACUGAGCAGCAGAUUAGAAAACGUCAUUGUUUUGCAAAAGGGGUGCAGCUAGUUGAUGCUUUAGAAGUUUAUAAUCAGAGGAAGAAUGGGGAGCUGAUUGUUCCUGUUGAAAAAGGUGUGAAAAGCGCUGUGUUUUCUCCUAAGACAUCUUCUGACCCAUGCAAUCAGUGUUCCUGUUCUUCUGGAAAAGAGACUGAAAAAGAUCCUAGUAAAGCAAAGAAGAAAGAAAAUGGAGAUCAGACGUCCAUCCCCAAAAUAUUUUUUGGCACACGAACACACAAGCAAAUAUCCCAAAUCACCAGAGAGUUGAAGAGAACAGCGUAUUCCGGUGUCCCUAUGACAAUUCUUUCAAGCCGGGAUUAUACCUGCAUUCAUCCAGUGGUAUCUAGUAGUACGAGUAACAGGAAUGAAAUGUGUGUAGAGCUGCUGGAAGGAAAGCAUGGCAAGUCCUGUCUUUAUUAUCAUGGCGUUCAUAAACUCAGCGAAUAUCAUACGCUACAAUUGGCACAUCAGAAAUGUCAAGCGUGGGACAUUGAAGAUCUUGUGAGCCUGGGAAAGAAGCUUCGUGCCUGUGCCUAUUUUGCGGCUAGGGAGCUCAUGCUGGGGGCAGAUAUCGUAUUUUGUCCUUAUAAUUAUCUCCUAGACCCACAGAUACGAGAGAGCAUGGAUAUUAAUCUAAAAGGCCAAGUAGUCAUUUUAGAUGAAGCCCAUAAUAUUGAGGACUCUGCUCGGGAGUCAGUGAGCUACAGUGUUACAGAAAAUCAACUAAGAUCUGCUCGAGAAGAGCUAGAUCUCAUGGUCAACAACAACAUCAGGCAGAAGGAUCACGAGCCCCUACGGGCUGUGUGCUGUUCUCUGACAAACUGGUUACGGGAGAGCUCAGGUCAACUAGUAGAAAGAGGGUAUGAAACUUCAUGUAAAGUUUGGAGCGGAAAAGAAAUGCUCACCUUUUUCCACGACAUGGGAAUAACAAGUAUUACCUUUCCCAUUCUACAGAAACAUUUGGCUGCUGUCCUGGAAAAGGAAGACAAAGUAAUGAUGUUUGGUAAAGAAGAAGUUAUUGAGAUACCAGUUGUGAGCCCUGCUACUCAAAUUGUGCUAAAAGGGUUGUUCAUGAUUCUUUUAUAUCUUUUUAAAGAUAAUAGCAGGUAUGCGGAUGACUACAGAGUUGCUUUGCAGCAAACUUACGCUUGGAUCAACGAAAACCAACCUGAUGUUUCCGAUACAAAUGGCUUCUUUACAAGGACCAAACAUAAAAAGAAUUCACGGCAGAAAGCUUUAGUCCACAUGUUAAAUUUUUGGUGCUUGAAUCCAGCUGUGGCUUUUUCAGACCUAAGUGAUGUUAGAACAAUUGUUCUGACAUCUGGUACGCUCUCUCCCAUGGAUUCGUUUUCUUCAGAACUUGGUGUCAAGUUUUCUAUUCAGCUUGAGGCGAAUCAUGUUAUUCGGAACUCACAGGUUUGGGUGGGCACCAUUGGAGCAGGCCCUAAUGGUCGGAAGCUCUGCGCUACCUUCCAGCAUACAGAGACCUUUGAAUUCCAAGAUGAAGUGGGAGCGCUUCUGCUUUCAGUGUGCCAGACAAUAGGCCAAGGGAUUUUGUGUUUUUUACCAUCUUAUAAGCUGCUGGACAAAUUAAGAGAUCGUUGGAUGCAUACUGGCUUGUGGAGAAACCUCGAGCAGGUCAAGACAGUCAUUGCAGAGCCCCAAGGAGGAGCAAAGAGCGACUUUGACGAACUGCUGAAAAUAUACUAUGAUGCAAUAAAAUGUAAAGGAGGAAAAGAUGGAGCACUCCUGAUAGCUGUAUGCAGAGGAAAAGUUAGCGAAGGCUUGGAUUUCUGCGAUGACAAUGCCCGUGCUGUUGUAACCAUAGGGAUUCCGUUCCCAAAUGUGAAAGACCUGCAGGUUGAAUUAAAGAGGAAGUACAACGACCAGCACAAAAAUAAGAGAGGCCUUUUAGCAGGUAGUCAUUGGUAUGAAAUUCAAGCUUAUAGAGCUCUCAACCAAGCCCUGGGAAGGUGUAUAAGACACAGGAAUGAUUGGGGUGCUCUCAUUUUAGUUGAUGACCGCUUUCGGAUUAACCCUAAUAAAUACAUAACUGGAUUAUCUAAGUGGAUUCGUCAACAAAUCAAGCACCACGAAAGUUUUGAUAGUGCGCUUGAAUCUUUGGAUACAUUUGCUAGAAAAAAUCAGAAGGGYGUUGGUGGAUCAUCACAGGACAACAGUGAAUUUCUGGACGUACCUUCCAGUUCAAAAGACCUGUCAYCACCUUCUUCACUGGAGGCUUCUAUUCAUCUAUCAUCAGAUGUCCCUGCUGAAGACGAGGAGCAAAAUUUGGUCCCAGAAAUUAGUAUUUUUACUGCCGUCACCUCAAUUAGUCCUGCAACAUCGAGUCAGCCAAGUACUUACAUGGCAACAAUGAAACAAAGUGGCCAGAAAGUUGAUGUAGAGGGUCAUUCUCGCUGUGCAACACAAAGAGAAAAACAUAUGGACUCCACACCCAAAACGCUUGCCACUGAAACAGAGAGAGAAGAAAAGCACACUCGGACUAAUUCUGAUUUUAUGAAAGAGCACUGCUGCAUUAAACCGUUGACUUCAACACCUUUGUCUGCAGCUGAGAGCUCCACGUCCGUAGCUAAAGGCAAGCACAAGAAGAAUGCGAACAGGGCUAGUGAACUUAUUGAUAGUGUAAAUCAAUGCCAGUCAUCAUUCAUUACAGAACAUAAACCAAGUGUACCAGCAUCAUGUUUGGAAACAAGGGGGUUUUUGCUUGAAGAUACUGAGGCUGCAGUACCUGAAGAAGGGAACCUUGGGGAGCCACAACUUUGUGUUGAGCCCUGUAGUGAACGUCUUUCAAAAGGGGACAAAUCUGAACUUGCUAAAUUAAAUGUAUCUGCAGAAGAGGAGGAUGAGGAUGAGAGUAUCUACUAUACACCAGAACUCUAUGAUGAUGUAGAACCAGAGGAACAGAAAACCAAUCUGCUAGUUCCAGCUGGUAAUAAAGCUGAGAAUUGGAUAGAACAAGAAAAAUGCACAGUUGCUGAAGAUUUUUUUGAAACCAACAUCUCAAAGCCACUAAAUAUUAUUAAAGAAACAAUUAGUGAUGGUGACACAAAUGCCAGUUUACAUGGAAUAAAGCAAAAUGAUGAGAGUAAGAAUAGUGCAGUUAAUAAUGUUGUAGACAUGACUAGUGGAGUAGAAGCAGAGCAGAUAGAAUCUCAAGAAGUGGACAACAAAAAAAGGAAAAUCAGUCUUUCCAGAUCACGAAAUAAAGGUCUGAAAGUUCAGCGAAAGUGCAGACGAAGCAAAGCUACUGUUAGGGAAAGUGGCAGCACCUGUGAGAGAAAGGGAACCYGUCGCCAGCCUUGCAAGAAAGGACUUUAUUGCAUGGUCUGUGGAGCUGAAAUACUACCAAAAGCAGAGGGAAUUUUGAGGAAAGCUUUCUGCAGUAAUAUGGAACUGAAAGUUAUCUGGAAAUUCUUCAGAAAUACUAAUGUAAGAAGCACACGCUCCUUUAGCAAUUGCAAGUGUGAACUCGAUGCCCUUUCAGCGGAUGAUGAUACGAUGUUGAUCAUCACAGAUGCUGCAAGUCUUAGUCAUCUUAAAGAAACUUUGAAGGUUUAUCAGGUGCCAGUGAAAUCUGAAGACUUGAAUGCCAGUUUAUCUUUAAAUGCUAUUUGGAAUGAGAAUGAAUGUUCUUUGACAAGUUACUUACAAUGCAGGAACUGUGUCAUCCAGUCGGUUUCUCCAUGUCCUUUAAUAGGAGCUGAAGUUACUCUUUUCCAUAAUAAAGCACAGUCACGGGUCUGGCUGCUUCCACCGUCUGUUCAUUACUGCUCCCUGCUACAGAGUCCCCAGGAGCCGAAAACAGGCCCUUUAGAUUAUGCUUUAUCUUAA